UCCCCAUAACGAAUGGAAUUUCGUUUCAUAAAAUGAUCGUAAUUCCUCGCAUCGGUCGUCUCGCAAAGUUCCUCCUAUCCACCGCGAUGCUCUAACGUCAUCUUUGCAAAUCGAUCACACCUCGCGUAAGAAAACCGAGUUGCACGAAGCCCGACGUCGUUUUUCAUUCUCGUCCAACGUAUGGUCUCGUUUAAUGGAUCGAUGGCUCGAUGACAAACAAGAGAGCAAGCGGAGCACCCUAGGCGCCUCUAACGACCCCCUACAGAGUGAUUGUCGAACUCUGGAUUUUCGAGUGUGCCACGACCGCAAAAGUCGUCUCUCACCCUCCUUCUUCUCCCCCGAUUUCGUCCGCUUGCCAGAGCAGGUUGCGCUCGUUCACGGAUCAUCGCCGGUUAACCGGUCGGUGUUUCGAACCGCGUUGCGGUUUCUACAAAUGGUACACGCUGUUUGGCGAUCCACAACGCGAAACGACGCGUCGAAAUUUAGGGUUUGGGUACUUAGCAUCUGGCGUAGAAGCGGGGAUCGAGCGGUUUUUACUCGCGAAGAACUUGGUUGGAUCGUGCGAGGCUGUAAGCGUUUCACGAUGUCCUCGAUCGUGGAAUUUCGUACGGUUCUAGGAAACUGUGGAAUUUCUCGCUAUUGGGACGAUUUCUUGGCGUUCGAACGAGAUCCUUCCGAAUUGGUAAUCUCCUUUCUUCGAUCAAUCGAUCGUUUCGUUUAAUUUGUAAUUUUAUCGAUUCGAUCAACGGUUUAUACGGAGAUGGCGGAGAAAGAACGUGACAAAUAUAUUCUUACCGGUUUUCUGGUUUUUACGCUACUUUGCGACUAAACGCGAGUAUUUUAAAAGCAACCGAUAAGUAUAAUUAUUAUUGAUAUUUUCGUAUCUUCGGUAUUCGAAUAUCCGGACAAGCUAUAGUUUGCAAGAUUUUGAGAACACGAAGAAACACGUGUUUCGUCGAAACGAAACGAAAUAAAAAGACUAGAGUGGAGAUUAUUGGCUGGAUUUAUGUUUCGUCGUAGUUUUAUCGCGAUCGACUUUAACUUAAAAUCCAUCAUCCGUUAAAGCGAUAAAAUUCGCCGUAGCCAGGAAGAGUUUCGUUAUUUCAAAAAGAUUCUUUAUCCGAAUUUAUUAAAUGAUUGUCUAAUUUGUAAGUGAAUAGUUGCUAUUACGAUAAGGAACGUUCUUCUAAAACGAUUAUCGCGAUUGGUAUAAUCAGUGAUAUUUAAAACCAUCGGACGUAUCGAUGAAUCGCUCGUUUAAUCGCAAGUGGUACGCUAUCGAUAAGCUUUUAACGAGUAAUUUAAAUUUGUAAUCCGUUGAUUUCGAUAUAAGCGCCAACGCGCAUUACGCUUAGUCUUCGAUCAAUCGUUAAUUUAUACAUUUUGAUAAACCGAGAGGAGACGAUGCGAGGAGCAGAGAGGAAAGCGACCGAUGAAGUUGGUAACCUGUUUGGCGAAUAGGUUUCUUAUGGAAAUUUGGAUUAACACGAAUUUGCGAUUGUAAUGAAGCGCGACGAUAUAAAUUUUUGAAACGUAAUUUGGAAAGCGUGUCUCAAAUUUGUCACCUUCUUAUACGAGUCUAGGAUUAAAAAUUAGUCGAACACGAAUAAAACGAAGAUAGCGCUGAAUUCGUCGAAUAUACUUUGCUGUAUCCGUUACUAUACCAUCUACUUCUUAUAUAUUUAUCGCGAUACACAGUGACGAACGCAUCUCUGCAAAAAGAAAAUUACAUAGAAAAAUUACAUAAAAUUGUCUAGGUACAGGUCCGUAUAGAUACGGAGUACCUUGUAGCGUAUACUUGUGACGUAAAAUACCAAAUGAGAUGAAAUUGAGUCGAAAGUGACGAUUGUCGCUGACCUGGCGAGCGAGUCGAACGUAUUUACGAGUGCGACGAAACGUGGCGUCGGAACCAAACGCGGCAUACGCGAUAUCUACGGUCGUAAAAAUAAAAUUUGUCAGACUGUUCCGAUACGCGUAACGAGUAGGUGUCGAAAAAAAAAUCUCGACUAUCCUACGAUGGAAAAAGUGAACGAAACACGCAAGCGAGUACUUUGAACGCAAAAAUCUGGCCUGCGGGUUAAUCUAAAAGCCGUUCAAUUUGUUUAUUAAACCGGUACCAGGUCUCGAGCAAGACGUCAAAGUCUGAAUUCCUGGACGUCAAACGGCGCGGCGUUGAGCCGCGGGGCACGACUCUCGAGAAGCAGCAGGACACCACCGCAAAGAAAUUUACAACCGGCGGUAAUUAAACCUGUUCGAUGCGUUUGGAUAAAGAAAGCGACAUCGUGUCUUCUAUCCGGCACACGUGUAUAAUAAGUCACUCAGACUUCGAAAACGGCACUCCGUCGGUCUGUUUCUGUUCGACCAGCGCCGGUCGCUACCGUUCCUCGAGACCGCCAAAGAGGAUAGCCCUGUUGGUUGCCUCGAAGGGACGAUUUAGGAGAUAAAAAUCGAGGCCUUGCUCCUAUACUAUCCCGACUAUUCUAUCUGUUUGGUUAUCGCGAUAACUCUCCUCUUUCUGAUACGAAUCGAUCUCUUUGGUGAGCUUUUACGAAAACGUGCCGGCACCUCUAAAUUAUUCGACGCGAACAGGUGCGUGGUCGAUGGUAACCGGUGACAUUUUUAUCUGCGUGAUAAUAUAAGUCGCUGUCAAAAGGACAGUUGUUGACAAAAAACGUUUGUGAAACAAGAGAGAUCUGGGGAAACGGCAUAAUUUUACAAAAUAGAUUUAUAUUUAACGCGGGCAAUGUAUAAAUCGUAUACAUUGCGUAAAUAACUCGUACAUACCACGGAAUGGCUGACUCGGCGAUAUAAUUUUCAGCGUAAAAAGUUAGCGAAGUCGUUCGCUGAGCGAGAAGAGUCGAGAAGAGUUUCAGGGUAUAAUAGAAAUCUUUGUGUACAGGAUGUACGUAGAACGUAGAUCGUCGGAUGCGCGAAUCGAUCGAAAAAUUGCCAUUUUGCGGAAAAUUUGGAUAACGAUUCGCGUACGAAAUUUUACGAUACCGAAACGGUGAAAUUUCCUGCGAAUUUCGUUCUAAUAUUAUCGUUCUGUAACGACACGAUCGGUCUAUCGUUAUUUGUCAUCGCUGCAAACAAGAAUUUUUCUAUUCUUCGAAUAACGAUCGAACCACUUCUUUAAUGCCACUUCCUUGACGCGAUCGAUCUUUUCAUUUGAAAAACAUCGGUCUUCGACGAUAAUUAAUCGUUUUGGCUGCUGUAAAACCUUCGUAAACCAAAGUUGAACGGAUCCGUGAUAAAUCCAAUGGAUCGCAAUAUUUUUUACUUCCAAGCCAGAACCUCCUCUUAAUAUCUAGCCGAGAAACCAAAAACCGAGAGUCUACUAAACCGUAAAUUUACCGGUUUUACUCCGCCUACUACGAUAUAACGCUACACUCUUGGUCGUGGAGAAAGCAGAACAAAAGGUAGACGAAUCGCGCAAAAAAUGGCUGUCUAAUGUUCACGCGUGCGGCCAUGGCAAAUUAUCAUUCCGCCGCUCUCGAGUGACCGAUGGAUUCCUUCUUUUCGGAUCACACGACCUUCGUGAUCGUUCACGAACCAACGAUUCGCGGACACGCGUGCACAUGCGUUUAACCAAUCGCUUUAAUUCGACGUUUCGUCCAACGAAAAGAACGUUCGGUUCCAGGUUCUAUAUAAUUGUCGAGCAAAAGGUACUGUUCGUUCGGCGUGUUGCGCAAGAAACCGAGCAAAACUAUCGAAUCCAAGGACGUGGAAGGGAUGGCGCGCGAUCGAGCUUCUUCGAUUUUCCUGGAACGCACCGAAGGAUCUUCCUCGUCAAGCGUUUUAAGGUACUCGCGUGCCACGACUGCCACGAUUAUUACAUCUUCCUCAAAGAGGGAACCAGCGUUAUUACGCAACGAUUCCAAUGUCUGCUUUCGGACGAUCCCCUUCUUCUUCCUUCGUCCUCGUUUUUCCUUUUGGCAAGAUUCGUGGCAGAAAGUGUUUUUCGGCGCGCGAUCGAAUUUUACCGGCGUUGCGUAACGAUCGAACGGCGCCGAUGUUCGCUUUUUACACUUAUUCUCUAGUUUCUUACGAAUCCGUUGCUUCUUUGGCAUCGUGCGUGCCCGACGAUACAAAAUAUUAAAUAAGGAAAAGUUCGUUGGAAUCAAAAUCAGCGUCUUGAUACCGAUCUCGUUACCUAGUCCUGGUCUAACCCUAAAUCGGGAUAUUUUUUUACCAUAAAAUUAAAUUUUAUCGACGUCGUAUAAGAGCAAUCUGCCUGUAAAACGAACUAAAACGAGAUACGUCGAAGCAUAAAAUUCUUUAUCACCUUUACCGCCUAAAAUCGUUUGCAAAGGUUUCUUCGUAUAAGAACUAACGUUUGGGCUUUUCAAGAGAAAAGCGCAGAAACUUUUCCUACUACGCGGUAAAAAGGUACGAUCGAUGGGAUCCGAUCUCGAUCGAAAAAGAUAUCGUCGACUUAACGCGGCGGCGUUACGAUCUCGUCGAGCACGAUAGAAGACGCGAAUCGGAAUCGCGUGAGCGUGAAGAGAAGUUUGCAGGCGUUAAAAAACUUUCAACAUGCCGCGAUACACCGCUCGCCAGAGGAGACGCGAUUGUCACGCACGGAAACGUGUCGGUGGAUGUACGUAAGUACCGUUGAAAACUAAGGAACAACGACUUCCAGACGGAUCAAGAGUCGCCAAACGAAAGCACGAAAGUAAUUAUCUUCGUACGAAGGAAAAAAAUUAAUUGAUCGCUAAAUUGCGGUCAAUUUCACCGGCACUCCGAAGAAAAAUCUUGCUCCGGUAAGUGCAAUUACCCGUGUGCUACUACCACGCGAAAAGUCCGAGCAAACUUUGACAAAGUUUCUCUUAUCGAAGAAAUUAAACGGCAAUUUAAAUAUUCUUAAUUAACUCGUUACUUACGAAUACCGUACGUUUAAAACUUUUCGUAGAAUUUAUAGAGCUUUCGGUUCUGUUCUAAAAUUUGACGAGCUUCGAUCGAUCGACGGCGCGUCUCGUCGAACAACGUUUCCAAAUAUCACGUAAAUACGUUCUUGGAUCGAUAGGUUAUCGUGUAUUACCGACGUUCGAUUCUACCAACGUUUACGUAAUCUUCUCUAAAUAGACCGAUAUCUCGUCCUUGUUGCAGCAAAGAUGAAAAUUCCAGAGUUGGACAAAAAUCGACAGAAAGACUCGCGUAUACGUAUUAACGACAAGGGUUUCUUCGGACCGUUUCAACCAUCGAAAAACACGAUUCGGUAAAAAAUGAGCAGAGUAAAGGCAGAAACGUCCGAUAUAUCCGUUCGCCCCCUCGUGCGAAUUCAACCCUGACCCGACACGCCGCUCGUCCACCGCUCCAGCAUACACCUACCCAAACGUCGACUCGACUCGAUCGCACCGCGACACAAGUAGUACGUGCCAAGUAGUAGGAGUGGAGGAUCGGCAGUCUCCGCUGGUGGAGGAGGAAAAGCGACUGCGGAGAAGAGUCAGUCAGCCCGCCCACCCCCGUAUCGCCGUCUCCGUUCCAUCUUCCCUCUUCCGUCGAGCCAUCGACCGUACGUACGGCUCUCUCGUGGAAACGGUAACGGUCGCGAAACGCUCGAGAGUGGGUGUCGACGACGGAGAGAGAAAGCGCGCGUUGUAUAGCAGCGAAGGAGCGAGAAGGAAAAUGGUCCGGAACAGAGACGAGAAGGGGACUUUCCGUUCGCCGGGGCCACGGCCGUGGGCAAGGUGGGCCACGGGCCACAGGGGCAGCCCCGAACCGACGCGUUCAGCACGCGACGACACGCUACCGUCACCUUCUCCCCUCUAUACGUGCCUGCCGUCUCUCUUCGUCCUCGCUAAAACCCUACAUCCGGCUGCCUCGCUCCGCCGGGUUCACGCAUACACGUAGGCGUUUCUGCGUCAACAGACACCACGACCGAAGCGUGGACCGCUCGUGGCACAGGGCACGGGGGACCAAAUCGAAAGCAAAGCCCGUAACCCCCGUUUCUGGGCCGAGCCAGCUUCAGAUACGUCGCGUCCUCCGCGUGGUCCACAUCAUUUUCGUCCGCGUCAUCCACCUAUCAUCCUCUUUCCAGCUUAGCUUCGUCUCGUCUUCCUCUUUUCUCGGUCUUUCCAACCCUGCCGCGUACCCUUGUACCCUUCCUCGUUUCGUUCUUGGUCCUCCUUCUAUCUCGUUUCGACACUCGGCACGCCGAAGGUUCCUCCUAUUCCCCUCUUUCUCAUAUCCCCUCCCUCUUCCCACGUGUACUUCCUUCUUCGUCCCGCCUUCGUCUCGCUUCUUUCCUACGCUCUGUACACCUCCUGCUCCCUCCUUCCGGCCGUCCUUCUCGCCGCACGCUCGCCGGCCAACCGCAGUCGUCCAGCGCGCGUUUGCCCUCGUCGCGCGGACCUGCCACUCCGACGGCUACCAGGAGUAGCUGCACGCGCGCACGAGGUGCCCAGCGCCUGGAGGAGGUCCAGGAAGACAGCCGGAGAAGCGGCUACCACUGCGGCCGGCACCGUGCCAACCGAGCUUUCACUCGUCAAACCGAUCGAUCGCGUAGUACCAUCGAGACGAGCUUCUUAUCGAUAGACGACCGCCGACAGUUUUAUCGGUUCGCGUUACCGAAACGACCUAUCGUUUGGUGAUAUUCCCGUUGAUUUCUCUUCGUCGAACCGAUCGUUGCGUAUAGAAUAGUCGGCGACAAGAUCGAACUUCUCUUUGCGAGAAUAUAUUUGCUCCGAUUAUACCGGAAAUAUAGAAGGAAGAAUGGCAGUUGGAAGAUCGAAGAGGAUGAGAAGAAGCGCGUGCACCGGACAAACAAGAAGAUUCGAUAUCGAGUGUUGAGAGAGAAACGAGAGGAUCGGAUCGCCGAAGUUUCGGAGAGUGGCGCGCGUCAACGCUUUCGAGUUAGAACCUCGUGCUACUUGGUGUAUCGUUGUUAAAGCACGAGCAAACUGUCUCCGUGUUACUCUGGAUCGUCGUCGAUGCUGCGAAAUACAGAUUGAACGUACAAAAAUUCUAUAUAUCAGAGAUCGAAGAAAUCGGAAGGAGAAGUUGCAAGCACCGACGAGAGUAUUCCGUUCGACGAAGGAUCGAAGCGCGGAGAAACGAUGAGCGUCGAUCGCGGCAACGACGACGAAGCGAACGACUCGAUAGCGUCUCUGUUCGAACAUGACAUUUAACCUACGUCCUACGGAUAGAUCGCGUUGAUCGCCGGUCAUUAACGAGACAAUCGACGCGUCGAGGUUUGACGGCGCGUGCAAACACAGGAUCCAAGCGGAGAGAAACUCGUCGUGGCCUGUCAUACGUCGUAGGUGUAUCAUUAUAGAGUCUGGUUUCUCUUGACGCAUUCGAACACUCGUGAAAGCGGAAUCGCUUCCUGCGACGAUAAGUGUCACGGAACAUCGGUGUCUAAAUUAUGCCGAGAAUCGUGGUUUCGCCGUGAAUCAAAACGAAGAUGGAAGAUUGAAAGAGAACUUUCGCAACGACUUUUGACGCGAAUACGAUCGACUAUUGGUGGCAACUCUGGUUCUUCCAGACGAGAAGAGGCGGUUCUUAUUGAGGGAAAAAUCAACAGGUGCGAUUAAGUGGAAAAUAAAGCAAAAAGGAAAAGGAACACGUGCGAUCGUAGUCGAAACACGUCCCUCUGAUUCCUUCGAUUCGGGGAACGAGGAAUCUCCUCUUUCCACUGGCGGGUCUCGAUAACCCGAAAUGAAGGGUAUCAUCGUACGGCCGUAUGCGUGUCAAUGACAUAACACGAAAAUCAGCGGCGCUAAUUACGCGAUAACGAUCCACCGUUAGGGGCCCCGGCACGGCGGAGAGGAACGACUCGUGUGCCGGUUCUUUCGAUCGGCGAAAGAGGAAAGAAAGAAAACGCGAGCAUGAACUGCCCGUGACUACGUCCAAACAAGGAAGCCCUUAACGUAUUUGUACUAUCGCGGAAAUCCUUGGAUCAAUAUGCCGCAUACAGGUCAAGCAGGAGUUAAUCAAUUGGGUGGUGUGUUUGUUAACGGGAGGCCAUUGCCCGACUGCGUUCGACAAAGAAUCGUACAGCUCGCUUUGGUCGGCGUCAGACCUUGCGAUAUCUCACGGCAACUCCUUGUGUCUCAUGGAUGCGUCUCGAAGAUUCUCACGAGAUUCUACGAAACGGGCAGCAUUCGACCAGGAAGCAUCGGAGGAAGCAAAACGAAACAAGUGGCCACCCCCACCGUCGUGAAGAAGAUUUUACGAAUGAAACAAGAACAACCAACCAUGUUCGCUUGGGAGAUCCGAGAACAGCUGGCGCGACAAGGAGCUUGCGAUCCUCAAAGCUUACCGUCCGUCUCCUCGGUAAAUCGAAUUCUUCGAGGCGGUGGACUUCAUACGGAUCACACGGGCAUCGAGGGCGGUUCAGCCAGCACGUACGCCUCGCAAGUUUCCUCGAACGUCGCCAACAGAGACACACUCAUGAGAACGGAUUACCAAUUAUUUUAUCCGGGAUCACUGGGACCGUUGCACAUUUCCACAACAUCCGGUAAUACCAGCGCACCAUCUUGGAAUCCAAGCUUUUACUCGUCUCUUUAUCAAGCGACUACGCUGCACUUGCAUCAUGGAAUGCAAUCAUUCACAUCGUUAGACGUGGAACGUCUGUCGGAACAAAGCGGACCAACGAACCAGGUCGAUUUAAAAUCCAGCUCGAGCUCGAUGGCGGGCAGCGACGACUCCUUGGACAAGAGCGACCUGGACGAGAACACAGAGUCCCAAGACCACUACAAGCCUUUCCAAAAUUCGCCUAUAAUCCUAGAACUCGGCCAGAAGAUCGGCAGCGAUCGUAGCGCGUUCGUCAGACACAGUACGUCCGGCUCGUCCGGAAACCUCGAGAAUCGACAGAGUCCACCGCCAACAAACGGCGACAAGCAGAAAAUAGCGUCUCCGCGAAUUUUGGAAACGAGAAACGAGCAGAGCACCAUGGCCAAAGAAGCGGCGGUCGAGGAAAGACCGGCGCAACCUCAGAGAAAAAGGAAUCCUUACUCGAUAGAAGAGCUCCUGAAGAAAGACGAAGGCAAAAGCACCUCGAAGAGGCCGAAAUUGACGAAUCUCGGGGUGGUUCAACCCUGUGGAAUUAUCCUGAGCAAGGAAAUCUGAAGGAUCGCGGCCGAGAGAUAAACAGAACGGAGGGAAAGAAGACUAUUUCAAGAUCCGAUAUGAUAGAGGCUAACAGAUGAUCGUCUGGAUUUGGGAGAAUUUUCGACGCACGGAAUCAAGGAUGACGAUGUUUGGAUGGUGAAUGUGGUGGAGGAUGAAGAUGCGAUUGGUUGAAGAUGAAAUGGAUGGACGAGCUAGAACAGAGAGGGAGGUGUGUAUGGUCGAAACGAUCGAUGGAUGUUGCGACGAUGAAAUUGGGCUAGGCUUAUGUUAGAUAUUCGUGGCUCUGUAUUUUUCCGAUCUAUCGAUACGAAAAGAACUUCUAAAUACUUUAUUUAGAAAGAUACUUCAUUCUCGGAAUAACGAAUCGUUGAGAAACCAUUUAGUCUUGUACAAAACUUAUUUAUUAAACUCUCGUUUUAAGGGGAUUAAACUACGUCCGUUAAAGAGAAAUGUAACAUAGUUUAGCAAAAAAGGUGGAACAACGCCAAGUUCGACGCUUGAGAAAUUACAUUAAAGUAAAGGAAUAAAAAGAAAAAAGGUCGAUAAGGUCGGCACAUUAUUAUCGGUAUUAUAGAUACGCGAAAAUCUCGAAAAUUAAAGCGAUCGUCGUUGUACUAUCGAUACGGAGAAAAAGUAUAAAUUAUAUGUAACAUUAGUAUGAAUCGUCGAUUAUGUAUUGUUGACCGGAAUAUCGUAGGUUAAACGUAAGUCUGUUAAGAUAAUUUAUAAUUAAAUUAUUUUUAUUCAUUCUUCCGCAUCCGACACCAUCGAUGAUCUGUCCUUUCGAAGAAGAAGAAGAAGAAGAAGAAGAAGAAGAAGAAGAAGAAGAAGAAAGGAAAUCAUCGAUAUUAUGCGUAAUAACGGGACGAUAAAAUACGAUAAAGGAAACUCAUUGACGUAGGUGUUCUAUCAGUUUCGAUGAUUUUCAACAGGUUCGUCAGUUUUGUGAUCUCCGAAUACUGAGAUUUUUCUGUCGUGUAAUUUGUGUGUGGUGUAUGAUUUCGUUUUGAGAGCGAGACGAUGCCAUAUUAUUAUGUACGAUAUUUAACUUUAAUUUAGUCAAAGAAACUUUGACGUAUUCUAAUAAAGUGAAAUGGCUAGUAACCUUAAAAAACAAUUAAAAAUCCUUUUUUUUUUUAUCCAUCGUGCCGAAGCGAGAGGUACCCGGAUCGUUCAAAUCCAUCAUUUUUACCUACUUCUCUUUCCCACACAUCUAUUUAUAUAGAUACAUUUGCCCCGUUCGACGGCAAAAAAUCCACUCGUUCUUUCACAAUAUCUUUACCGUUCAAUCGGCAAGCAUCUUCGACGACAUAAAUGCGUCCAUCGAUCAAGAUGAAAAAAGCGCAAAUUCGAUCUAGAACGAUCCAUUAGGCAUAGGAAUCUCAUCUAGCGAAGCAUCGUAAAGUGGCUCUAAUUUCGCAC